AUGUUACGAGGUAUCAUCCAUUUUACUGCUGCUGGAAAUAUCUGUCGGACAGAUUGCGAAGUUCAGUUUGUACCGAAAGGAUGUUACAAAGAUAAUGGAGUAAGAGCUUAUUCAUUUUCAUUUUAAAAAAUAUCAAAAUAAAUGACUGAAUAAAGUUCAGUUGUAGCGUAGGAAUUUAUGAAAUGCCGGAGCCAGAUUUAAAAAUGUGAACUAAAUGUUACAUGACCUGUACUAAUUUAGUAAAAGUGAAGCGUGCGAAAUUAAGCACAUGAGCAUUCAAUAGGAAAAUUGUUGAUUUGAAAUAAUAAUGUUGUAUUGUCAUUUUUGUUUCAUUCGUACCUUCUUCCACUUUUAUCCCACAAAUCAUUAAAGUUGCAAAGUGAUACACUUGUUCUUCCUGACAUGAUUAAAACAAAUACCUUGAUCGCUUGCAAUCAGUGGAAGAAGCAUUUGGCGGAAUACUGCUAAACUAACUUUUCCAACAAAGUCCCUGGAUUCAAAAUUUCCAAGCCAAUUCAGAAGCCCUUCCCACUUUCCAUCCUGCUUCCUUCGCUUGAAUCCUGUUAUUCAACUGUUUGUUUGAAAAAUAAACAUUGAGUAAGUGGUCGGAAGGGGAAGGCGAGUAUGCCAAUACAGCCUGGGAAGAAAACACCCAGCGUUCAAAGCAUUUUACCAUUGGCUGUAAGUGUAGUUUCAAAACAAUCCAAUCCUCAACUGGUGAGGAUUGGAUCCUCAAGUGUUUAGAUUUCAGGAGGUCUCAGUCAAAUGAAUCAAUAAACGCAAAGUAAGAUUUCUUUGCAAAUCUAAUCAACAGAGAAAUCGAGCGCUGCCUAAUUACAUCUACAACGAGCGCGAUCCACGGGCCAAGAAAACUUAUGGUGGCAGAAGGAUUGAUUGGUACAACUGGAAUGAGUAUUAUCCCGGCUUUGCGUGUCGAUGUGCAGAAAAAGCUAAGGCUCAAGGAUACGACCUUUUUGGUGUUCAGUUUUACGGUGAGAUUUAAAUUGAACUUCUUCCAUUUAUGAUGUAAUACAGCAAACCUUUAAUUAUUUCUUUAGUUUAUCAUUUGUCAUUAUACAGCGCUCUGUGUUGAGGAAGAGGCCGGCUCUUUAAGUUUUUUUAUGCGCUGAAUCCUUACUUUUUGUCCUUAGGAGAAUGUUGGGCUGGACAUAGUGGAAAAAACAACUAUUUAAAGUAUGGCGAAGAUAUAAAAGGAUGUAUUGAGGACAGUUUCUUGACAUGCACUCCAUAUAGCCGUUACUGUGUGGGUAAACAGUGGCGCAAUAUGGUAUAUCAGAUUGGUAAGUUUAGGUUUACUUCCUGGCCAUAUUUUGGAAAGACAAGAGUCAGAAGGUUGUAACCCAUGAACCGAGACCGAGUCACACGGGAGACUCAAGCAAAGACGGUGGAGAAAAAAGGUUUAAAUUAAAAGGAACUACUGGAGUUUGGCAGAAAAAGUAGAAGAUUUAUGCCAUGUAGACUCUUCAUAUUUGCGCGUUUUCAUCACCUGUGCUAUGUUUGUUGAAUCAAAACGAAAAUCAAACCCCAAAGAGUGGCGGGUGACGGGUUCCUCUAGACCUCCCAGAUAAGCCCUUUAUUGAUAUCACCUCAUCUAUUUUUGUUUGUUUUUUCUGAUAUCACAGUGGAUGCUACAUGCCCUAAGAUCAACUUCGAAAGGGUUGGCUGCUUCGCAGAUAAACACCAACCAUUCGCAAGACCACUACCAGACUAUCUUUUCAACGACAGGGAUCCCAGCAUUGAUAACUUCAGCGGAAGGAGAAUCGAUUGGCGAGCCUGGGAUAUUUAUUUACCAGAAUUCGCUUGUAGAUGUGCCGAGGCGGCGAAGAAAGCAAAUCACACUUUCUUUGGAGUGCAGUUCUACGGUAAGUGUAAGAAACCUUGCAUUGGACUUUUAUUCACAGCGGUACUGGCUUUUUCUCGCUUGUUGGCGAACUUAAGCUGCAUAGGUUGCGGUCAAAACGUUAGCAAGAAGCGUCUAUGACAAACCCUCAACCUGAAAUCUUACCUCAGAGGCCAAAUCACAUGUCCCAGUGAUUUGUGCGUUCAUCAAGGAUUAUUCUUUUGACCUCAUGAAUUAAUCUCAGCUUCCAAACUUUUAACCGUAGUCUUGACUUAACAAUUCUCUAUGCUUGUGCUGUUUGUGUUAAAUUCGUUGUCUUUGUCUCAAAGGAGAGUGCUGGAGUGGCCUCAACAGCCAUAUGACCUACGACAUCGAUGGCCCACGACAAGGUGGCUGUAUCAACCCGUGUUACCAGCCCUGUGCCCAACACAACAAGUUCUGUGCCGGAAGAAACUUUGAAAACUUUGUGUAUAGAAUAGGUAAGAACUUAGAGAACAAAAAAACAAUGUAGUUUUGCUUCCCAUCAUCAUAAAGGAUGUAUACCAAUUUAUUAAGGGGGUAAGUUUCUAAAGAAACUGUGGUGCUGCGUUGGUGGGAGAGUAUACGGCAGGUAAUUUAGUGUUAACAACUGAGUUGAAAACGUAAAUUGGCUACCGUCACGGUAAAGGGUAAAAAAGCUGACGUUUCGAGCGUUAGCCCUUCGUCAGAGCGUUCGUAUACCAAUUUAUUACCUACUGUGGUCUGGAUCCCAAAGCGUAACAGAACCCUUCGAGAAUUAUCUUGAAAUGUGCCAUAAAUUUUAAUGCAAGCACCAUCAUUUUCUAAUACUUAGUAACCCCUCCGCACAUACGCGACAUAUCUAAAUGGUGGGAACGCGCGGUUCGCAAACAGCCAUUACUUUGUUUGGCGCAAAACUCAUCAUCUAAAUCAACAAACCCUUUUCGAACAGAUCACAAUAGCAUGAAAAAAAAAAGGACUAAGUUUAUGUCACGCUAAAAUAGUGGCGUAUGAAGCGAAUUCGCGACAGAUGAAGGAAAAUGUCCUGAGGUUAAGCGGGUCUAGGAAGGAUGUUCGAAGCUGAGUUUAAAGGGCUGAGAUAGAAUACUAUGGUUCCUUCUGCAUACUUCUCAUUUACAACUGAUGCAUGCGUGCUAAUUUAGGCGCCCAGAGGAUGUUUUCGAUGACCAAUUUUCCUUACUUGAUUGUGUACAAAAGAAGCGUUUCCGAAGUUUAUGUAGCAAUAAAUUUGCUUAUUAGUUUUCGAACUAGUUCGUUUUUUUGCGGCAAGGAAAACUGAAGGUUAUUUCACGUGCAUGAUUUACCACCUCAAAGUGUUUGACAGGGAUCAAAUAUCUGCGCAUGUACUGGUAUGCUCGAAGAAAGCAGGAAUUAAAAGGAGUUUUCGCCCAUAGUACUUUUAAGAAUUAUUUACCACCACUUACUCACGUUUGUCAUCAAUUCUCCCUUUUUAUUCGAGAAUGAUAAAAUGUAUUCAUUCUUGUCCGUUCGUUUAUCUCGCUGAUUAAAAUUUGCUUUGUUGGCUCUUUCGAUUAAGCAACUGUUAUCAUGGUUUCUUUUAUUAUUCAUAAAAAUUUCAAUUUACUUUCUUUAUCAUCUUCUAGUGGACGGCUCAUGUGAAGUAGAUAUCAGCCCCGUAGGUUGUUACAAAGAAGACUCUGCGAUUCCCGCCAUGGGAGAAAUCUUUCACAACGAAGCUGCACCAGAUAAGCCAAACUUUGUCGGAAAUAUGAUCCAGUCUGUUGAUAAUUAUGAAGCAUACUUCCCAGAUUUCCUAUGCAAAUGCGCCAGGAAGGCAAGAGAAAACGGCUGGGAGUAUUUUGGAGUCAGAGAACUGGGUAGGGAAAUAGGAAAAAUAUCUGAUGGUUUUCUUGUUGGAGAAGUAACGAUUUCGUGGCUCGUCAAUGCCGGCGCUCCAUGUUUGCUAUAUGAUAAACAUAUUUGCCUAAUUGUGAAACGUGAUGUUUAAUUUUGAAUCGUGAUGCUUAACCGUGAGCGUGAUUCUUAAUUGUUAAGUGUUAUAUUCAAUCAUGAAGUGUGCUGAGACCUAUCAAAGUGUUAGAGCUACUUCCGACACCAGCGUGAAAUUCGCGACGUGGGAUUGGAAACGAUAAGCCUAGCCUUUUCGAAAACGGUACUCGAUCUCUGAUUGGCUUUCAGUGAUCAUUACUUCGUUCUGAUUGGCCAUAGUAAUUAUUGGUUAAGUUUUAUAUACCUGGAUCAAAUUUCUCUAUUUUUCCCUGCAUUGAUUUUAUUUUUUUUGUAGGAAUAUGCGUACGAGGGAAUCCCCCAUCGAAUUACGCCCGACACGGACCGUCCCAGCAGUGUUUUGUGGGAAAUAGUUCCAUAGCUUGUCCAAACGGUUCCAAAUUGUGCAGUGGCUUAAAUUCAGAGGCUAACUACGUAUACAAAGUAACCCUUCCAGGUGGGUGCAAAGUGUCCCUGGAAUUUCCAUCAGUCUAUGAUGUUAUUCUGUUCCGAGUCUGC